AGAAGAAGAAGAAGAAGAAGAAGGAGAAAAAGAAGGCAAAGAAAAAGGUAAGGAUGUGGAUGAAAGACCUGCUUACAUGGAUGACUUUGAUGAUGAUUUUGGUCAGUACAUGAAGGGUGAGCAUGAUGUAGAUCUUUUCCCUGAAGAAGAAGUUUUUACUCCAGUAGAUCCUAGCAAAAUGGAGGUAAAAACUAGAUUUGCAAAUAAGGAAGCAUUUAAGAAACAUCUCAGGGGUUAUUGUGUUCUUAAUAAGUGUCAAUAUAUUUUGGAUAGAAGUGCUCCCUCUAGAAUUAAGGCUGAGUGUAGGUUUAAAACAGAACAUGAUUGUCCUUGGUUUGUGUAUGCUAGCAAGAAAGAGGGUGAGAAGACUUUUGUUCUUAGGAAAGUGAAUUUGGAACAUAAGUGUGAAGGGGAUCCCCAAAAUAGGAAUAGAUCUGUUGAUCCUCAUUUUGUAAAGGAUUUUGUUCUUGAUCAGAUGAAGAAUAAGCCUAAAAAAGUUGUUCCAGACCCUUAUAAAAUCAAGGAAGACUUCUUAGCUGAAAAGAGAGUAAAUAUACCAUAUCAGUGUGCAUGGAAGGCUAGGAAUCUAGUUUUAGAGUCAUUAUAUGGGAACUAUAAAGAAAGUUACAAUGAAGUACCAGCAUUCUGCAAGAUGUUUACAAAAUGCAAUGAUGGGUCUGUUGCUAAGUUCACUUUUGACACAGUGAAUAACACCUUUGAAAGCAUGACACUCUCAUUUGAACCUGCAAUGAGGGGUUGGCGAAAAGCAUGCAGGGGAGUUAUAGGGCUUGAUGCCUGCCAUCUAACAGGGGAAUAUGGGGGAGGAUUGAUGGCUGCAACUGCACUUGAUGGACAGAAUGGGUUAGUAAUGUUAGGAAUUAUGGUAUGCAGAGCUGAAACAAAGGAAAAUUGGAUCAUUUUUUUGAAGCAUUUGAAGGAUGCAAUAUUAGCACAUCCAGUGAAAGUGGCUUUCAUUUCAGAUAGGCAAAAAGGUUUAUUGGAAGCUGUUGGUAUAGUGUUCCCUGGCCAUCACCACAGAUACUGUUGGAGACAUUUAUACAAAAAUUUCAAGAAGGAUUACAAGGGUCUUGAAUUAUACAGUUCUUUAUGGAAUGCAGCAAAAGCAUACAAAGAAAAGCAUUUUCAGGAACAUUUUGACAAUAUUGUGAAACAGAGUGCUGCAGCUGGUGCUUAUCUCAGUAGAGAAGAUCCUGCUACAUGGUCCAGGGCCUUUUUUAACCCUAUUCACUGUUGUGAACAUAUGAACAACAAUUUUUCAGAGUCUUUUAACAAUAUGAUCAACAAGAUGAGAAAUAAACCAAUUAUAAUGAUAGGAAUAAUGUAUGCUAACUUAGUGAUGGGUACAUGGUACAAUAGGAGGACUGAAUCUGCAUCAUACCAUUACAUGGUAUAUAUUUGCACCUGGAAUAAAUCCAAGGACAUACCUUUGGAUCAUGAAUUCCCUGUGCACAGAUAG